UAAGUGAGUACAGAAAUGAUAAAGACACAUUAGAGGUCAUUUAAGAACAUGUCUCACAUAACAAUAAUCUUGGCCUUCUCACAUCCUUGUGAGCUGCAUGGCACAAUUAUACUAUUUUACUGUCCUCUGAUUUAUGCAGAUGUUUGAUGCCAUGAAGUUUUUGUAGAAUUAUUAGUGCACUGCAGUGCUGCAGCAACAUCUUAUCCAUGCUCAAAAAAAUCAUGUCAGCAGCUGGUAUAUUUUGUUUUAUUCAGAUAACCUUCAAUGUAUCCAUAUUUUAAAAUGAGCAUUGCACGAUGCUCAACUUCUUAAUUAUUCGAAACAAUCGUUUUGUUUUGACGGAUCAAUUAUUGCAUCAAUAGAGUUUUGUUAAAUGAUGUCCCUUGAGCAACAGCUGAAAGCUUCAUCUCAAGAGAUCAAUGAGGAAAGUAUAUUUGUCACCGUACACAGUUCAGACACAUGGACAUCGGUUUGUUGCUCUUGGACUGAGCAUCAAAUCAAGCUGCUGCUGAACAAUCAUUGAGAGAACAUCAGGUACGACCCAUAUGCUAAUUGUUUUUCAGCACAUGUCGAUAUAUGUGAACUUACUGGAAUACGUGUUGCAUUCUGUUAUGUUUUAAUGUGCUUAGUGAAGGAAAACUAUCCAUGUGGUGUGUUGUCACUGUAGGAGUUUAUGUGUAAUAACUAUUGAUUUCACUGUUCUGUAGACUGUGGAGCUUUUAAGCAGAGUCCUUCCUCCAGGUGAAGGACAUGUCUUUUCUCAGGACUGCUUUAAACGACUCUCUCAUCAUUCAUCCUCCAGGCUUCUACAUAAUCGGAUUUGAGACAUUACCCUUCGUCAGUGUCUACUUCAUCUUUCUAUCGAUAGUUUACGUGGUUACAGUGGUGUUCAACAGUUUGGUGAUCUAUGUCAUUUCUUUUAACCACUGCUUACAUACUCCGAAAUUUCUGGCUGUGAUCAACCUCGCAGUAAUUGAUAUAGUCCUUAACACGAGUACUAUUCCUAGCAUGGUCAAGAUAUUCCUUGUUAAGGACAAUUUCAUUCCAUUUAACUUGUGUUUGUUACAAAUGUUCUUCUACUAUUGUUUUGCAAGUCUGGAGUCAUUUGCUCUUGCUAUACUUGCCUACGACAGGUUGAUUGCAAUAUGUUUUCCUCUGCGUCAGAACUCAGUUAACACUUUGCAGAGCAUGUCUUGUGUUAUUGGCUUCACUUGGUCUUUUUCUCUGGGAGUAACAGCAUUUUCAACAGGUAUAUUGACGCAACUCUCCUUUUGUAAAUCUGUCCGGGUGUUCAGCUAUUUCUGUGACUAUGCACCUGUGUUCAGACUUGCCUGUAACGAUUACACAAUGCAGUGGUCUGCAGCUUCUUUUCUUUCCAUCAUGAUUCUCGGAGGACCCUUUGUUUUUAUCAUCCUGUCUUACGUCACUAUCCUGGUGACAGUGUUCAGAAUGAAAUCUUUAGACAAUCGAGUUAAAGCUUUAGCUACUUGCGCUGAGCAUGUCAUCCUUGUUGCUGUAUUUUAUGUUCCUCUCAUCACUAUUUUCACUCUUGGGUUUUUUCUGCGUCUGACUGACCCGGACCAGCGUGUGCUUAGCCUGUCUCUGGCCUCUUGCCUCCCACCCUGCAUCAAUCCAAUAGUCUAUUCAUUGAAAACCAAAGAGAUCAAGAUCAGAGCCUUGGCCCUGGUGAGAAGAAAUGUAAUCGGCACGGACCAACGUAAGAGGAAACUUAGGCGAGAUGUUAAAUUGACUGUGUAGAA